AUGGGCCAAACGUUUUCUGAGCCUGUGACGGAAAAAGAAUCUACUACUGAAAAAAAUGACGUUUUUCUUGUGUCCUCUUCAUCAAUUCAAGGGUGGCGCAUUAGCAUGGAAGAUGCCCACACCAUACUCCUCCAAAUGCCUGAUGACCAAAAUGCGGCAUUUUUCGCCGUUUUUGACGGUCACGGCGGUGCUAAAGUAGCGAACUAUGCGGCGGAGAACCUGUACAAAGGCAUCUGCAGCAACCAACUGUACGUCGAUGGACAGAUUGAAGAGGCCCUGAAGACGGUUUUUGUAGAGUUUGAUGAGAUGAUGUUCAAUGAUGAGAAGAUGCGCGACGAGCUGGCCGGCUCGACGGCCGUCUCGGUGCUAGUCAAGGACUCGCUUAUCUACUGUGCCAACAUCGGCGACUCGCGGGCGGUAGCCUCCUUUGCCGGCCACGUGGACGCCCUUUCGCUGGACCACAAACCGACCUGUCCGGAUGAGAUGCGCCGGAUCGUGUCGGCGGGCGGGUGGGUGCAGUUUAACCGAGUCAACGGCAAUCUCGCCCUGUCGCGCGCCUUCGGCGACUUUGUCUUCAAGCGCAAUGAGAAGCGGUCGGCGACGGAGCAGAUCGUCAUCGCCUACCCGGACGUCCAGUCGCGCCCCCUCACCGACGACCUGGAGUUCAUUGUGCUGGCCUGCGACGGCGUCUGGGACGUGAUGACCAACGAGGAGGUGGUGGAGUUCGUCCGCCGGCGGCUGCUCUACCGCCUGGAGCCGGUGCUCAUCUGCGAGGAGCUAAUUACCCGCUGUCUGGCACCGGACUGUCAGAUGGGUAGCGGCAUUGGCUGCGACAAUAUGACCGUCAUACUCAUCUGCUACCUCAACGGCGCCACUUUUGAGGAGUUCUGCGACCGCGUGGAGGAGGCCAAUCCAAAGCCGGUUACCAAGCAAAGUAGAAAAGACGUCGGCAACUCUCCUGGUACUACUACUACUAAACGGUACUACAACGACGACGACCAAUUGGCCACUAAGGAAACCGGUGCUACUACAGUGGACGACGGCUGCUCGCCGGGAAGACUGGGGCUGACGGCCAGCAAUAACAACAACAACGACGACGACGGUGGCGAGGAGGAGGCGGACCACGACUCGGACGGAUUCUCCUCUGACACCUCGUCUGCCUGCUCCUUUGAAGAUAUAGCUACGUUUCAAAGUCAGGUGCCCUCGGGUAGUGCCACACAAGUUCCGUCAGCCGCAGCCCUCAAAAGCUCAACUUUAUCAACGAUGGCGACAGCAGCGGCUUCUGCAGCUUCAACGUCCAAAACGGCAAAGUGCUCUACUGGUGAAUCUAUUGUCAAAGAUGGUGCUACUGCAACAGCAACAUCAGCAACAGCAACCUCCUCCUCUUUUACAUCUUCUGGAAAGCAGGCUAAAACAGCCGUCAAAGUGGGCGUCGCCUCUGCCUCCACUACCACUGAUGAUCUACUGGCCGACACUGGGCUGUACUACCUCAGUCAACAGGGGCCACACCGCAGUCCAUCACCUUCCACGUCAGCAUUGAUGCAACAUGGCUAUGGUAGUUCAGCGGCGGCCAUUCCCUCAACCAGUGGACUGGGCGCUUCUUCCGCCAAGUCGAAGAACACUUCCGCCAGCCGGUGUAUUAGUAGCCAAGACCAGUCAUCAGAGGAUUAA